AUGACGCAGCUACAGGAAGUGCAGCGGUUCUUCGGAUGCCAGGCGCAGGCUGGGUUUUUCCAGGUGGCCCCGCCGCAAGAAGGAGGAGCGCAAUCUUUCCAGGGCUACCCCGCACAGCGCGAGCCGGUGCCCAUUGUUGUCGGCGCUGCGCCCGGCAAGCCGAUCGCGCGCAGCGACUCGGAGGACGACCUGGCAGGGUGGGAGCGAUAG